AACUGCGCCGCACGCUCCCAGCUUUUCGGGCUAGUGCGCUAAUAAGAAAUACAAGGAUUUUACAAUAGGAUGUGUUCAAGAUUUCAUAACGGAAAGGAGGAGUUUUUUUUAACUAAGUGAAGAAGUAAAACAUACUACAGUAGGCUACUAUUUCCUGACGCAAGCACACACCUGAGUGAUUUUGGUGGUUCGAUCCAGGAUGAAGUGAAGUAAUGUGCCGCAAUAUUGAAAUAAUUCGGAUAUCUGAAACAAGCUUGAAUGUAAUACCCUGAUUGCUAUUUGUGAUGUGCGCUUUUAGCCACCACUUAAACUGUUCCCAGGGCAGUUCUGGGGGAAUGAAGAUAUUAGUCAGAGCUGGGUUUAUAUACCCGUGGAUAUAGGCUACGUUUUGUCUUCACUCUUUUAACGACAACGCAGAUAACAAGUAAAUAAUCAAUAAAUAAAAACCAUGCACCAUCUAAAUCCGUGGAGAUAUGGCAUGCAUUCUCCUCUAUAGCCGAGUUGCGCCGUCUUCAUAUAGGCAUACCAGGACAUGCGUCUGCAUAUUUUCCAUAUCUCUAUCACUAUCAUAUAUAUGCUACUGUCUCUUAUUUUCUUCUGAUGCUAUCAUGCAAAAACCAAGUGAUCCAACGCAGAACUGCCUGCGCCUCAGGAGUGAUGGAGGCAAAAAACUUCAGCAAAAAUCUCCUUACUGCACUUUGCCAUUGGACGCGAGAGCGACAAGGGAAAUAUCUCUCCAUGAAGCGAACCAAAGCAACGCCUCGGUUAAUCACAACACAGUUCGGAAUUUCACAUCAGACCGUCCAACCACUAACAACUUGGGCAGUGGGAAGUUCGGGAAUAAGAAGUUGCCAAAUGCCAUCAUUGUCGGUGUUAAAAAGGGCGGCACAAGAGCUGUCUUGGAGUUUAUAAGAAUCCACCCGGACGUACGGGCGGUCGGCACAGAAACGCAUUUUUUCGACAGGAACUAUGACCGUGGACUAGACUGGUACAGAUGCCUUAUGCCACGGACUAUGGAGAGCCAGAUCACCAUGGAGAAGACGCCCAGCUACUUUGUAACGAGGGAGACACCUCGCCGGAUCUCCGCCAUGUCCCGGGACACCAAGCUGAUCGUGGUGGUGCGCGACCCUGUCACCCGGGUCAUCUCUGACUACACGCAGACCCUGUCCAAGACACCUGACAUUCCCAGCUUCCAGGAUCUGGCCUUCCAGAACCAGAGUUUAGGAUUGGUUGACACGUCUUGGAAUGCCAUCCGCAUCGGCAUGUACGCUCUGCACCUGGAAAACUGGCUCCGCUACUUCCCCCUGUCCCAGAUCCACUUCGUCAACGGGGAGCGGCUCAUCACGGACCCGGCUGGAGAACUGGCGCGGGUUCAGGACUUCCUGGGUCUGAAACGCAUCGUCACGGACAAACAUUUCUACUUCAACAGGACCAAAGGAUUCCCCUGCCUGAAGAAACCAGAGAGCAGCAGCUCACCCCGCUGCCUGGGCAAGUCUAAAGGUAGAACCCACAUUCAGAUAGAUCACGACACUAUCGAGCAGCUACGGGACUUCUACAGGCCAUACAAUGUCAAGUUUUACGAAAUGGUGGGUCAAGAUUUUAGAUGGGAAUAGAGAUUUGUGGGGAGGUCCGCAGUUUACAAGUGGCACAAGGAGAGACAAGAUGUCAUCCAUGAAUGUACGCACAGUUUAAAUGUUUUUUUGGUGUGGUUCUAUGGACCUCCUGUUUGGCUGUUGGUAAUAGUGUGGCUCUAGCUAAAGUCGUGGGUCCAAGUCUCGAAGGGAUCACAUACACAUAUUUAAAAAAUAUGUACAGUGCAUUCGGAAAGUAUUCAGACCCCUUCCAACAGGACAACGACCCUAAGUACUGAGUAAAGGAUCUGAAUACUAAUGUAAAUGUGAUAUUUCAAUUUAAAUGUUUUUACAAAUUGGCAAAAUUGGCAAAAAUUCGGUUUUUGCUUUGUCAUUAUGGGAUACAGUGUGUAGAUUGAUGAGGGGGAAAAGACAUUUCAUCCAUUUUAGAAUAAGGCUGUAACGUAACAAAAUGUGGAUAAAGUGAAGGGGGUCCAAAUACUUUGAAUGUACUGUACUUACUGUCCUGUUAGUCGCUUUAGAUAAGUGUCCGCUAAAGUUUUGAAAAUCUCUUGGCCUUUUCCUGCUGACUAGCUUUCCUCUGUUGCCGACUAAUAUAUAAAAUAAGCCAAUGUAAUGGGAUAGAUGCAACUCCCCUCACUAAUCUCAACUGAGAUUAGGGGCAAGACCAUGGAAAAUGUGAGCAUCAUCUUCAGAGAGGGAUAUUAUUGUAAAAGAUAAAUGGCACUCUGGGCUUGAACUAAAACGUAAGUGGGAGCUGGGAAGCCUCUGUCGAUUAAUGUACUGUAUUACACUGAAAAACAUUCUUGCUGUUUUGACAGUAUUAUACAACAGUAAAUUGCCAUGAAUGGCAGUGCACGCUGGGUGAUUUUAGGCGUAAACAGUAAAUGAUACUGUAAAUUAAAAAUAAACUUUGCUUUAACAGUACGUUACUGUUAUUUUGAAGCGUGCCUUGUAAGAAGCUGCAUUUGGCCACCCAUUAGUGAGAUAGUAGUGCCCCAACAAUUAAAUGUGUAUAGGGGACCUAUUGGAAUGGCAACUAGUCUCAAACCUUUAAUGGUUGAGUAUUUACCAUGUCCUAUGAUCUGUUUUGCCCUGUAGUCACUGACAGUUUGGAAGCCUUUGUUAAGGGCUCUAAAAGUGCAGGUGAUAUAAAAUACAAAAAUUGUGAAUUUUAUAUCACUUACACUUCUAGAGGCCUUAACAAACAUUUCAGAACUGCCAUUCAUUGAUAUGCUGUAAUAUGCAAACACAUUACCUAGCAGCCAACCUGCUUGCACCAAGCACAUGCAAUUAUGGUAAAAUACUGUAAAAUACAAACCCCAUCUCCCCUCAAUUAAUUUAAAUAAUUCAACUAUUCAUUAAUUGAUUCAUUGUGAUUACCGUAAAACAUAUUACAGUAAUGCACUGUACUGUUGUUUUACAGUAACUUACAGGCAGCCAGUUGUCUGUAAGUUACCAUAAAACAAUGGUAAAAGAUUACAGUAACAGUAUUGGAUACCGUGACAUACAGCAUAGUUACAUACUGUAAGUAAGUAACCUGUAAGUUACCGUAAAAACAACAGGAAAGAUUUUACAGUGUACAGCAAAAGCUCACAAUGGGA